CGUUGUUCAAGAAGCGGAAGUUUAGUUCAUGCUGAAAACCAAAACGACUGGGAAUUUAUAAUGUGACGCAAUGUUGUUUGUGUGCAGUCCUGCAAUCUGUAAAUAAUUUAUUUAGUAGAUUUGCAGGAAAUUCAACAGACAAUGACCACGACAGGUCAGGUGAUCAAGUGCAAAGCGGCGGUUGCUUGGGAACCAGGGAAACCUCUGGUGACUGAAGAUGUGGAAGUGGCUGCACCUCAGGCCCAUGAAGUCCGCAUCAAGAUUGUUGCCACAGGUGUGUGCCACACAGACUGGGAGUACAUGUACGGGACUGGAAAGGGGAUGAAGUUUAGACCUUUUCCGUUAGUUUUUGGCCACGAAGCAGCCGGAGUAGUGGAGAGCGUUGGUCCAGAAGUCACCAAAUUCUUACCGGGGGAUAAAGUUAUUCCUCUUUUUCUGCCUCAGUGUGGGGAAUGUGAACGAUGUUGGAGCCCUAAAACAAAUCAUUGCAGGAAGAACUGGGCAAAUACACAACUGGGUGUUUUGGCUGAUGGCACGAGCAGAAUAUCUUGCAAGGGACAGCAGGUGUACCAGUUCCUUGGAAUCGGUUCUUUCUCCCAGUACACCGUGGUUCCCGACAUCUCACUUGCAAAGAUAAGAGGCGAUGCACCGCUGGAAAAAGUUUGCCUGCUUGGCUGUGGAGUCUCCACUGGUUAUGGUGCAGCUGUUAAAACAGGCGAGGUUCAAAAAGACUCCUCGUGUGCCGUGUUUGGGCUCGGAGCUGUUGGACUGGGCGCCGUCAUGGGUUGCCAGGUUGCCGGGGCGAAGAGGAUCAUCGGGGUAGACAUCAACCCUGACAAGUUCGCGAAAGCCGUAGAGCUCGGAGCCACUGAAUGUGUGGACCCCAGAGAUCAUAGCAAGCCCAUCCAGGAUGUCCUGGCAGAGAUGACAGACGGAGGGGUUGACUACGCUCUGGAGUGUGUGGGGAGUCCAGCUGUCAUGACUGCUGCGCUUGAGUCUACAAGAGAUGCCUGGGGCACCUGUGUGAUCGCAGGGUGGACGGAGAGAGAAGCAAUGAACGUCGUGGUGGAAAAGCUCCUGAUGGGACGCACCUUGAAGGGGACGUACUUUGGAGGUUGGAAGAGCGUGGAGGACGUGCCCAAACUGGUGGACGAAUACAUGAACAAAAAGCUGAAGCUGGAUGAAUUUAUUACCCACAACCUCCCUCUGGAUCAAAUCAAUGUGGCCUUUGACCUUCUGAAAAGUGGGAAAAGCAUUCGUACUGUCAUCAGUCUGUGAGACUCGAGGAGACGAGCCUACAGAACACUUAACAAGAGGGGAGAUUGAUGCUCACGGUUGUUACUAUGGUAACUAUUGUAAUAUUUUGCAUAGAACUCUGCCAUAUUUAAUUAUCUUUUUCUUCAAGGGUAAUGAAAAUAUUUCUCCAUGCUUGACUUUAUGGCAAGUGAGCACUUUGGCCACUAGAUGGCAUUCUUAUGUCACGUAAAAGCCUUUAUAGUAAUUUCAAUUUAAUAAAAAUAUCACUGUUU